GAACGCAAAAAUAUCAUCCCUUCGACUUCGUGUCUCCCUCUCACUCUCUCAAUCACCCCCAGCAAAAUCCAAACUUCUCUCUCGAACUCCAACCCCAGAAAAAACCCACAAAGGAAAUCAUAUACUUUUUUCCAAGACAUACAUACAACCUCUGCAAGGUCAGGUCUCAUUACCUGUGAAGUCUUUCUGAGCCCCGUUAUCUUGUUUCAAAGGAUGGCAUGUGCUUCACAAGCAGUGAUGGCUGCAGCCAACACCUGCACCUUCCCAACGCAAAGGUGGUUCAACAACAAGUACCAGAGUGUGAGUAAAGUACGGACUUCCAGCCUCUUCACUGUCAAGGCUUCCACUGAAGAAACUGACUGCAAUGUUGAAGAAUGUGCUCCUGAUAAGGAGGUCGGGAAGGUCAGCAUGGAGUGGUUAGCAGGGGAGAAGACCAAAGUGGUAGGAACAUUUCCACCUCGCAAACAGGGUUGGACAGGUUAUGUUGAGAAAGACACUGCUGGGCAAACAAACAUAUAUUCAGUUGAGCCGGCAGUUUACGUGGCAGAAAGUGCAAUCAGCUCCGGUACUGCUGGUACUUCUUCCGAUGGAGCUGAGAACACUGCAGCAAUUGCUGGUGGCCUUGCCCUCAUCUCUAUUGCUGCAGCUUCAACGGUACUCCUUCAAGUUGGUAAAAGCCCACCUCAAGUGCUGACGGUAGAAUACUCUGGGCCAUCGCUAAGUUACUAUGUCAACAAGUUUAAACCUCAAGAAAUUAUUCAAGCCUCGGCACCAAACCAGACUGAAUCACUCUCAUCAGUUCGGGAAGAUAUUCCUGACAUGGAAGCCCCCCAGAUUGAUGUCAACUCCCAAAUUCAGCCUGAGUCGUGAGAAGGACUCUUUGGUUAUUAAAGUUGGUUGGUAUGAUUCUUGAAAUGAAAAAUCUUGCUGCAGUUUUUUGCUUCAUAUUAUAAAUGUAUCUAAUUUUAUGAUUAAGACAUAUGUUCUGCAACCUUACAGAGAUGUAUAUCACAUUUAUCACGAGCAUGCUUAGAAAUCCAGUUUUGCUUAUGCCA